GAAGGUUGUUAUUCUUGUGUCUGACUCGUUGUGUGGGUGUUGUCAUAGUGGAAUUAAUUAAUUUUUCGGUAGUAUUUUCCUGUCUUCUUCUGGUGAACAUAUUUUGCCUUCACCAUGACGGACAAUGUACGGCUACGAGGAAUGAUUCCUGUAUUUCCUGACAUCAUGGUCGACUAUGAGGUCGAGGCGAACACUACGGAAUGUAUGUGCUCGGAUCUUCAAACAGAAGACUAUUCUCCGCUCUAUGCCAAGUGCAACUUGGCGCUGAUUAUCAUUGCCCUGCCUCCACUGUCAUUUUUUGGAGUUUGUACGAAUAUCGUCAAUGUUUACGUGUAUUCAAGGAAGAGGAUGCAGAACUCUGCAAACACCUAUCUUCUCUUCCUUGCCUGUAGUGACUUUCUGGUUAUCCUCACGGGUCUCUUUAUAUUUUGGAUAGAUUCGGCUCGUUCGUAUAUACCUGAGCUGGCGAGAGCACCAUACACAACAGUGUACAUGCUCCCCUUCGGCUACAUGGCUCAAACAUGCAGUAUUUACUUCACCGUUGCUGCUGCAUUCGAUUGUUACGUCAACGUUUGCUGGAAGCUACAAGCAAAAUAUUACUGUACCAUAAAACGAGCAAAACAGAUUUGUUCGACUAUUAUGGUUGUAUCCGUGCUGUAUAACUCGCUGAGAUUUCCACAGUUCAAUUUGCGAAAAUGCUUCCACGAAGCAAGCGGAGAGCAAAUUAUCGAAAUCUGCCCUACAUCGCUAUUUUUUGCUGUAAACUUGGUCUAUAACGUCUAUAUGUACAUGGUGCUCAUGUGUCUGUUGCCUUUUCUGUUUCUUCUCUGCCUCAAUGCGAUCAUCGUCUUACGUCAAAGUAUAGAACAAAACAAAGAGAAAGAAAUGAUGGAACCCUCGGAUAAGCUUUUGAAGCCAAAAGCGAGUUCCAGUAGCGGCGACGAUACUAUCACAAUGAUUAUGGUUGUCAUUCUCUUCCUGGCCUGCAACACUCCGGGCCUUCUGGUGAACAUAGUCGAGACAUUCUUCGAACCAGAUCCUAUUCUGUGGAAUCUCCUCUCCGAUGCUAGCAACUUCCUCGUUGUCUUCAACUCUUCUGUGAAUUGCGUGAUUUACUUCGUGUUCAACAAAGAAUAUCGCGAAAUCUUCAUAGCUAAAUGGCAUGAAAAAAUAGAUUCGCUACCGUGGUGUAUACGAUGCUGCUGUUGUCGAUGCUGUACUUCACGAAGGCAUCGUCAAGAUCUCGUUUACCAGCCGGUCAAUCACGACAAGAGCAAGAAAGAUUACUCGUUGCGCUACGUCGUAGCUGAAGCUAACGCUGACACCGUCACCACAAACACAGCGUCGUCGCCUGUCUGGCAACCUCUUACACAUCGUCGUCUUCCGAAUAUGGAGUGGCCUACUGGAUGUUUUGAUCCUGCUUCUGCGCAUUUGAUGCUGAUGGAUGAUGACACUGACAGUGGGUGGGAUGAUGGUAGUCAGGUUUCUCGCCAAUACCCGACCAGGUGGCUGGCAGAAGUAAAUAUCGUGGACGGGCAAAGUGAUGGACAGCGACCGCAUAUCGUAGUGAAACCGCUCAUAUUUACGUCUCUCCUUAUCAGAAACAAAACAGUGUUAUCUGUCGAAGUAACACAGUCCACCACAGCGUCCACAGUUCUUGCGAUGAAUUAUCUUCUGCUCCUCACUCUCGUGGGAAUUGCACUGGCAUUCCGUGACCAGUCCAUCGCUGUGCGAGGAACGCUGUUAUGUGGAGCGAAACCAGCGAGUAACGUACGUGUGAAGCUGUGGGAGGAGGACAGUGGUCCCGAUCCAGACGAUCUUCUCGACCAAGGAUACACCGACCAAAAUGGCGAGUUCCAGUUGGCCGGUGGCACAGCUGAGCUGACCCCUAUUGAUCCUGUUUUCAAAGUUUACCACGACUGUGACGAUGGCAUCAGGCCUGGCUCUAGAAAAGUUAAGUUCGCCCUACCAAAAUCGUACAUCACCCAGGGAAAAGUUCCCAAGAAAACCUUUGACAUAGGUGUCCUAAACCUUGAGACGAUUUUUGCGAAGGAAGAGCGUGAAAUGAUUGUAUCUCGAAGAAGACGUGGUGGUGUGAAUGCAGAUUAUAUGGAUCCUGACAGAAGCAGAAGCAGCAGUGAGGAGGAGAACAGUAGACGCAAUACUAGCAGACAAGUGCAGAGAAUGUUAUAAUCACGUUGACCUCUAUUUUAUUUCCUUCUAAUAAGUUGUUCUAGAGUAAAAGUGCAUGUUCUCGAAAGUUCGCAUUUUGAAUGAAGGUUCUUUAAUAAACGUAACACAUG